UACACAUGACAGCUGACACUCGCGGCUGCCCUCCACACCAGGAUAAACCUCUGAAUAAAACCUCUUUAAACCAAUUUCGGUGUUCCGUGAGGGUGAUCCAAGAUGCGUCUUGCUCUAGUGACCCAUGGUAGCCGUGAGUGACCACGAGUUGGAGUGAAAUUCGUAUGAACCUUGCAGUGUUAAAAUGAAGGAAAAAGAAAAAAAGCCAACCGGGGCCACAGACAAAUCAAGAACUAAGGCACCUCCAGGCAAAACGACUUCAUCCAGGGCCCCCCCAUCAUCAACUAAAAGUUCAUCAUCUGCACCAAAAACAUCAUCAUCUAAGACUUCAUCAUCAGCUCCAAAAGCAUCAUCAUCUAAGACUUCUUCAUCAGCACCAAAAGCAUCAUCCUCAUCUAAAACUUCUUCGUCCACACCAAAAGCAGCAGCAGCAGCCAAGACCUCCUCAUCAACUAAACAGCCGUCAUCUGCCUCCAAAGCACUUGCAUCAUCAAGCAAAACUUCAUCUUCUACAUUGAAGGCAGCACCAUCCUCUAAGACAUCAUCAUCUACGUCUAAGGUAUCUUCAUCUACAUCAAAAACACCAUCCACGUCGAGAUCAAAGCCAGCAGCUGCUGCUUCUUCCUCCACUUCUAAAUCACGACCAGAGAAACCUACUCCUGGUAGCACCAAGACAUCUGGUGGGGGCAGCAGGAACAGGACUGAGAACACAAGCUCAAGCAGAGAUGAUAAAGGCAAAGGACAGAGGGAACCAAGGAGAGUAGAAAAUAAGCCAGAGAAAUCCUCCACUAAACCUGCCAGAGGAGGCAGAGAGUCAUCCAAUCAAGGCAGAGGAACUAAACCAGGAAGUGAUCAUGGAGACAAGCAGUCAAGUAAGGCCUUGGCUAGUAGGGAAAGAGGAAGUGAGAAGUCAAUUAACUCCAGAAGCCAGAGAGCAUCCACAGCCUCUCGGAAAGCAGCUAGUAGUGAUCAGGAUGUGAAAGGCAGGCUACCAUCUGCCAAGUCUCGUAAUGAGGAAGAUAGAGACAAAAGAAAGUCUAACAAAGAGAAUAAUAGAGAAGAACCAAGCAGAGCAAAAAGCUCACGAUCAAGGGGAAAGUCUGCUGCUAAAGAGCGCAGCCAUGCAACAAACAACGAAGAUGCUGAUGCUGGGGAUUCUGGUGUGGAAGGUGUAAGUUUGGGACAGGUAACAGUCAGCGACACUUCAAAUAACCUUGAGGCAGAAGUUAUAGAACAUGCUCAAAACAGUCUUGAGACAAUGGAGUCAGGAAUCUCUCUCUCAUCUCCACGGGAUUUAAGUGGGGAUGAAGUUGAUGUUGAAGAGUCUAUCUCUUCAAAAAUAGCAGAGGUGGGAGAAAUGGAUGAGGAAGAGAUGAAGAAAAAUACAGAAAUAAUUGAAGGUGACAGUUUAUCUCUCCAAGAUACACAUGAAGAUUACUCUGCUGCCUUUAAACUACAAAAUUCCAUGGCUGUUGCUUCCACAGUUCCUAACGAUGAGGCUGAAGAUGAUAUGGAAGAGGACAAUGACUAUGAGGAAGAUUUUGAGGAUUAUGAAUCUGACUUUGAGGAUGAUACUGGUUCAGGAAAUGAAGACGAGCUGGAAGAGCAAGAGGAGCAGGAGGAAGAUGAUGAUGAUGAUGAUUCAGAAGAUGACUCUGAAGAUGAUUCUGAAGGUGAAGAGAGUGGAUUUGAGCAUCCUGACCCUGAGAUAGCUGCUGUGCUAUUGGCAUUACAAGAAGAGAAUAACUUUGAGAAGCAUCUGCAACGAACAUCAAGUGUAGAUAUUCCUGAUCAAGAACACCACUCAUUGUUCCCUGAGAACAUGACGUUGCUGGAAACAAUAUCUGAAGACAAAAAACCUGAGGUACCUGAAGACCCCCGCACUCCGAUCCCGAGGCCAAAGACUUCUCGCACUUUUGUCAACUUCGCUGAAGCAAGGAAGAAGCAAAUGGCAGCACAGGUUUCAUCGAAAGUAAUGAGUCGAGGACGCAUUUUACUGAACAUGAUAGAAUUGGAUACUGUUAAUGCGGACUUUCUCACUCUGUCUCCAAUAUCCUAUGAGGCUUAUAUUUCUAGCUUUGGUCACUCUAACAGACAUCAGGUAACUGUACAAACAAAUGAUGAUGCAUUAUGUGAAGAAGUUCAGACGGAAGACAUAAUAUCACGCAAUAAGUGGACACAGAAGCCCGUAAAUAUUAGCAUUGGAGAAGGUGGCCAGUUACCUGGACCAGAAGAUUACAUGGGAGUGGGUGGUGACAUGGAUCCACUUGAAUACUCUGGUCUGCCAAGCAAGAGCAACAACACUGUAAAACUUACUUCUUUCCUAACCUCAUCAUCACAGGUAAUGCUAGCAAUCUUGGAAGAAGAGUUGGUGUGGGAUUUGGUAGAAUUAGACAGCAGCAGCUCACAGACAUCACCAUCAGAGGGCUUGGGCUUUUCACACCCUCCAGUACCAUUAGGCACCAACGUCAAGUCUCUCCUGGAUAAGCGGCCGGUACCUUUCGUCCAGUUUUGUGCCACAGAAUCAACAAUGCUGCUCUCUGCUCAUGGUUAUAAUUCUAUGGCAGAAGAUGGUGAUGGAGAAUUGAAUGAAAGUGGGCUUGUGUGUGUAUGGUCUGUGCAAGAACCAUCACGGCAGCACAUCCUGUGUUGUCGUGCCUCUCCUACUGCUGCCACAUUCAGUCCAUCUCGUCCAUCCCUUGUCUUGUCAGGGCUUGAAGAUGGUUCCUUGGCAGCGUGGGAUCUGCGGGAGCCACUUCAGUUGCACACACUUAAAAUUAAAAUUAAUGAUGUAGAUUGGAGAGUUCGAGUGCCUUCUUAUGUCACUGCAUGUAAUGAUGGUAAUGGUGAAGGAAGUAAGAUUGUUGCUAUUCAGACUGUCACAACCCAACAGGAUCUUGAAGGGGCUACUCAAGGAUCAUUUCAGGUGGUGACACUGACAGGUGAUGGGAAGGUUACGUGGUGGGUGGUAGUGCGUGUGCCUCUUACCACUACUGUUGCUGAUCUUGGCCUUGGCAAGAAACAUGGAAACUAUGGCAGUGAAGAGAGUAAGGCUGGAGUGUCCCCACACCUGGGGGCUGCACCCUGGGCAAGAGUUGCUCUCAACCGCACAGCUACCAUCAAUGUUGGCUCUACUCUGUAUGGUGAAGCAGCACUAACUGCAGGCAUCAACUGUCACAGCUUGAAGAUAGAUCCAAAUGAUUCUAGUCAACUUAUUGUUGCCACCGGGAGUGGAGCCGUUGCUCGCUGCUCGCGCCACAACUCCAGGUUGAAUCCCAAGUCAUAUGUACCAGAAAUUGAACCUGGAUGUGAGGCUUUGUGUCUGGCAGUCUGUCCUCAUGAUAUUCGAUACAUACUAGUAGGCAGUGGUGAUGGCGUUGUACGUCUUCACAGCACAAGCACAGACCGACCACUCACCUCAUGGCAAUCUGCACCAGAUUCAUCACCAAUUGUUGAUCUGCAGUGGUCACCAGCUCGUCCAUGUGUCUUCUAUGUUUUGGAUUCACUUUCAAGGCUGUAUGUGUGGGACCUGAGUGCAGGUGACAUCUUCCCUGUGUUAACAGUAGAGUCUGGGGGACUUGUGGGAGGUAGCUUACAAGCAUUCCAUAUAGCUACAACCAGCAUAAAUUCUCACCAUUCUCUUCAUGCUGUCUUUGCCAGUGAUGUGGGAGAGUUGGUAUUAAGGCAAAUCAGCCCAGAAUUCUGCACCUAUGAACAAGAUGAUGAUUACAAUACUGAACUGGAGAGAUUUACUUAUUAUGUUAAUAUUAUAUAGAGUUGAAGUAUGGUAAGGUAUGCAUUUAUAUUUAUUUUAGAUCAAAUUAGUUUGUACAGUAUAUAAAUUUGGUGUAAAUUAUAAAGGGUAAGCCAUUUAUAUGUAACAUUUCAUUAGUAAAUUUUUAUAUAAAAUAUUUAAUUGUUAUAUAGGGCAGAAUAUCAAAACACAUGAUUGUGUUUUAGGUAUUUAUGAUUCUUCAUUCCUCUGGCAAAUGAUGUUAAGAUUUUUGUUUUUUAAUCUUCAGAGGAUGUUGCCAUACAUUUUUAGUAUACAGUAGUUUAUAGAUUAAUUAGUCAUCAUCAUUUGUUAAACCGUAUUACUUUAAGAAUUGCCAGUAGUCAUUUUGUAGAGUCUGUUUAUAUGUUUUAUUCAAACAUCAAGUUACUUGAGAUUUAAAGCAUGAUAAUGGUGAGUAAUGUGAAGCUCUAGAAGGUACAUCUCAUACUUGUAUGUUGUUACUACAAAACUUUAUUUCUCUUAUUAAUAAGUCUACCAAAAUAAACAAGUUCACUCCACUAAUAAUACGUGUCUAGUUUUGUUCAUUAUAAACAUCUUCAAAAAUAAUGUUAGGUUCAAACUAACUUUUUAGUAAUGUUUAGGACUCUAGAAAUGUAAUGCUCCAUCCCUGAUUAUAUGUUGUAAUAGUAAACCCACAUUAAGUGGGUCAUUAUUACUAUCUGCUCUGUGAUAAUUUGUGCAAAUGCCUACACAAACUAUCUUCUGACAUAUCAACUGAUAUAUAUCAGAUGGUACCAUAUUUUUUAAUAAUUGCUAGAUCAUUGCUGCACUUUCAUUGUGAAGGUGCUGUGACCAGUCUUGUGACAACACUAGUGUUGGCAAGUAAAUCUUGGGAAAGUGCAUGUGUCAUUGCUGUUAAGUAUGUAAAACCUUUGUGGAGAGUUUACUGUGCAUGACUUAGUGAACAACUGUGGAGAACUUUUUGUGAAAACAUUACAAAGGCAGAUUUACCUUUAGUAGGCCUCACAUGCUAGCAAUUAGUUGUACCAGUAUGGUUUGCAUGAUCAAAGUUUCUUCUUGAAGACUCAGCUAUUAGUUUCAGAGUUAUGAGGCUGUGUAACCUAUUGUCAGUUUAGAUAGCAUAUAAAUUUAGAAAUAAAGACUGGCCUUUGUUUUAGGCUAUCAUGGACUAUUAUCAAAUCUUACCAAAAUAUUUCUUAGUUUUUUCUUUUUGAUAAUAGUUUCACACACAGUACUGUGAUUUAAUUCUUUGAUUAUAAAAAUAUUACCAAAAAUUAUAUUUAUCCAAUCACAUAGUUAGCUGUUAUUGUAGAAUGGUUACUUAAGAGAAGUGUUUUCAGUCCUUGCUUAGUAAGAAGCAAAGAGCAAAUUGCUUUUGCAAAGUAUCUUUUAAGUUCUUAUUCCCAUAGCCACAGACUCUCUGCUGACAUGUGUAAUCCAAGAAUGUUCCCAGGUGUUAGUUGAAAACACCUAAGAUACAUUUUACCCACUAAUACAUAUAAUUUUUUUAUUCUUUAUCUUUUGGUUUAAACUGAAAAAUUUGUUUGUUCAACCUCAAAAAUGUGACAGGCAUUUGUCAAAAUUUUACAAGGUCGAGCAGAAGAAAAAUUAGUUUGUGCUUCAUUGCUUUGUUAUAUCACAUGAAAUAGUUUACUUUUAUUUCAUAAGGUAUUGUAACACUAGCCUUGAUGUUCAUUUCAUUUAUUGUUCCUGUCAUUACAAUUUUGUACGACCCCUUUUGGGUUUAGCACUUCACUGGAUUAUAAUAUUACGUAUUCUAGUCAUUAUGUACAAAGAUAUUUAGCUAGUCAGAGUUGUCAGUAGUUGCUCAUCAAUAUAUAUUCCUGUCAUACUUUACAGUAAAGUUGUAAAUAGUCAUUAUUAUAUGUGCAGGUAAAGACCUUUGAAAUGGUAGAGUUCUACCAACGUUGGUCUUAGUCAUGUGAUGGCUCACUUGGAGCUUUUUGUCAUGUGACUGAGGCUGUCAGACUGACCAGGUCACCCUAUUAAAACUGAAAUACCACAUCAUUAAAAUGUGUGUAAAGAAUGAAAAAGCUUCAAUUGCAGUUUAAUACGUUUGGAAUCACAAAUAUAGGCUUUUAAUAUUCCAUUUUGAGAUUACAUAAUGAAUUAGUCAGGUGUUCCAGGUGCCUAUUCCAACAGCAGUGGAUAUAAAGCUUGGGUUUAUGGGUCCAAGAUGUACAAAAUUUUUAAUUAUACCCUUGUAAUAAAUAGUGGAGCUUCAUUGAUAAAUUUACAUUAGAUAGUUGCGAUUGUGCCAAUUAAUUACCACAGGUUUUUAUAGUACAGAAUGGGUUUCUUUAGUUUUGAAUAUGUUAGUCAUAAAUUCAACCUUUUUACCAAGGAAGAUUAUUUAUUAUCUGGAUUUAAUCUUCAAAGCAGUUUUAAUUUAUGCAUUGUAAAUUAUAGAAAAGUUUUGUAACGAGUAAUGAUACCCAGGUUAUUUGAACUUCUGUGCCAUAUAUUAAAUUAGUGAGAUUUGGGCAAAAAGUCACAGGGGGUCAACCUAUACAUGGUCAGAAAAUUCUAGUGUUUAUAAUGCAAUUAAAGUUAUUUUAUUACUUAUUAUGUUCUCCUAAUCAAAAUUGCAUUAUAAAAAGCUGUAUACAUCUUAGAUUUUUAUGUAAUAGCAGGUAGUUUACAUAUAAUUUUGGUACAACUAUGUAUUGUCUGGAUUGUCAGUGAAGUGUAUAGAAGAAUUAAAAGUAUAUAUACCAAGUGCAAUUAAUGUGCAAAUACUGCUAGUGAUCUCUUAGUUUCACUGACAAUUUUCAUUGGAAAGGUAAAAAUCCAGCUUGUUUAGGUUGAGAAAACAUGCAGAGUAGAUACUACUGGUUGGCUCAUAGAAAAGAGGCAAUAAUACUGUUAGGCUCAUAGAAAUGAGGCCAAGAUAAUUGUCCAUAGAAGAUAAGCCAAAAAAAGUAGAGGCAGCAUAGUUUGAGCUUUUUACCCAGAAUACUAUUGAUAGUAUAGUUGUUAACACUUUGUAGUAAGUUGUCACUGUUGAGUCUUAUAUAAAAGGUAAUUUUUAAAUAAAGAUCAUCAUCUUUCAACAAACCAGCCAUAUCCCACCAAGGCAGGGUGGCCCAAAAAGAAAAACGAAAGUUUCUCUUUUUAAAUUUAGUAAUUUAUACAGGAGAAGGGGUUACUAGUCCCUUGCUCCUGGCAUUUGAGUCACCUCUUACAACAUGCAUGGCUUACAGAGGAAGAAUUCUGUUCUACUUUCCCAUGGAGAUAAGAGGAAAUAAACAAGAAGUAGUAAGAAAAUAGAAGAAAAUCCAGAGGGGUGUAUAUACAGUGGUCCCUCGAUAAUCAUCAUGCUCGAUAGUCGUCCUUUUCGGAAAUCGUCGCGUUAUUUUCGUCCAAACAUUGGCUCGCAAAUGAUCCGUUGACUCGCUAAUCGUCAUUCGUCCUAGACGCUUACUCACGGCUCUGAGCCGCCUCGGCCUCCCUUCCCAGCCAGUGUGCCAUUGUUUACCAGUAAGCAACGGUCCCCUCAGUUGUUCAUACGAUAUAUUUCAUAAUAUUCCAUUCAUUUUAGUGCUUGCAAGUGCUAAAUAAGCUACGAUGGCUCCAAAGAAAGCUCACCUUUGGUAAAGAAGGUGAGAAAUACGAUUGAAUUUAAGAAAAAAAUCAUUGAACAAUAUGAAAGUGGCGUACUUGUGGCCAAACUGGCCAGGAUGUAUAACAAACCCUAUACAACCAUAUCUUCCAUUGUGGCAAAGAAAAAGGAAAUCAAGGAAGCUGUUGUUGCUUGUAGAAAAUUGUGGCCAAAUUGUGUCCACAAGAGGGAUUCCGAAGGGUUUUUGGCUGACCCUGAUGAGCCUAUGUCAGUUGUGAAAUCUAUUGUGGCAUUGGGGAGUUCCAUGGGGUUGGAUGUGAGUUUGGAGGAUGUGGAAGAGUUGGUGGAGGACCACGAAGAGCUAACCACUGAGGAGCUGCAAGAGCUUCAGCAGGAACAGCUACAGAUUGCAGCUCAGAAUCUUACUGCAGAGGAAGAGGAAGAUAGAUGGAAGGUGCCUUCUUCAGAAAUUAAGGAGAUUUUUGAAAUGUGGGGUAGGAUGGAAAGAUUUAUGGAGAAACAUCACCCUGAGAAGGAUGUUGCAAGCCAUUUUGGCAACUUGUACAGUAACAGAGUCUUGGCCCAUUUUAGGGAAGUUGUAAAGAGAUGCCAGAAACAGAGCUCUCUGGACACUUUUUUUGCGAGACAGAACUCCAGUGACUUUCAAGCUGGUCAUAGUGGCAUUAAGAAACAGAGAAGUAUGUAACCCCAGAAAAGGACUUGGUACCUGAGGUGUUGAUGGAAGGGGAUUCCCCUUUCAAACAGUAACUAAUCCAAUCUCUCUCCUCCAGUCUUCCCAUACACUAAGAAGAAUUGCCAAUAAAGGUAAGUGUUAUGCUGUUAAGGUUUCAUUCAUCAUGUCUCAUUGUAUUGUUUAUGUACUACUACUAUAUUUCAUGUAAAAAAAUUUUUUGUUUUAAUACUUCUGGGUGUCAAGAACGGAUUAAUUGUAUUUACGAGGGACCACUGUAUAUAUGCUUGUACAUGUAUGUGUAGUGUGACCUAAGUGUAAGUAGAAGUAGCAAGAUGUACUCGAAAUCUUACAUGUUUAUGAGACAGAAGAGACUCCAGCAAUCCUACCAUCAUGUAAAACAAGUACAGGCUUCUCUUUUACACUCACUUGGCAGGACAGUAGUACCUCCCUGGGCGAUUACUGUCUACCAACCCUCUACCUAGAAUAUGCAUAUAUGCUCUACCAAAUUGAAGAUUAAGUAGAUGUAUCAUGAAACUUAAAACUCUUGCAUGCAUUGACAAACACUUCUUUCUAUGGACUCAACACUCGUGUAACUUUUUUCUUCUUCUAUUGAGCAAUUAUUCAUGUUUUCACAAAGAUUUUAUAGUACAUCUACUCCCAAAUAUCUAAUCUUUUAUUCCUAUAAUUUUAAUUAUUGCUACGUUUUCUAUUUUCACUUUCUAAUUCCUUCUACACAUACUUCCAAACUCCUCUUCCGGCCUCUUUAGCUUCUCAUUUACCCCUUGAGGGUCCGUGCCGUAGAUCUACGGUUUUGCGUUGAGGGUCCAAACCAUUGAUCUACGUUAUGAGCUCAGCUCACUCUGAUAAGCUGUGAGCGGUAAAUUUGGGCCUAGAUAUGAGAGAAUACAUCUAUGUGGUAUGUGUGCACCACAUAAAACAAAUCCUGCAGCACACAGUGCAUAAUGAGAGAAAAAAUCUGUGACCGUAAUUUUCGAUUAAAGCAACAACUUUGCAGUGUUUUUUUGUAUGUUUUUUUAUAGGUAUAUUUGUGAUUUCUUGGUCUCAUUUGAUAGAAUGGAAGAUAUAUUACAGAAAUAGAGAUGAUUUUGAUUGGUUUUAGUACUGAAAGUGGCUUGAAACUGAGCUCAAAGUAGCGGAAAUGUUAAAUUUUUGUCGAUGUUCAUGAGUAAACAAAUGACCUCACACGUCUAAUACACGCCAGCUGGUGGGUCUAAUAUACAUUCACAAAUGUGCUGAUAUUAUUUAUACAAUUACAAUAUUGCAUGACAAUAAAUCUUCUAUUUUUUGGUUUGAAUAAAAAUUCAUUGUGAAUUAAAAUGAAAACGGAAUUCAUUUGUAAAGCCUGAAAACAUAACUAGUGAACAGAGGAAAUGUUAGUUUAGUGCCAGGAAUGCCUGCAUUGUUUAUUCUGGACCCUAUUUUGAAAUUGGAAUAUUUUAAACUUUGCACUAAAUUGGCCAAAUUACCAAUUUCCAAUCACUUUAUUUUGUAGUUGAAACAAUUGAGUUGGCGAUUUCUUGUGCUUAAUCGAUAGAAUAGAAGUAAUACUAGUGAAAUAGCUAAGAAUUUGAUCGACUGGAAUAAAGUAAUUGGCCUAAAAUGGGAGUCAAAGUUGGCAAAAUCACCGAUGCGUAAAUAUCGCUGACACACCAAAAUUCACAAGAGCAUAAUUUCGUCAAUUUUCCAUUAAAUUUCGUACUUUUUGUUUUAUUACCUUCAGAAAAAGAUUCUCUACCAUUUCUUAAGAAAAAAUAAAAUUAUUUUUUGAAAAUUCUUGGACACUGGUGCACACUUUGAAAUUUUGCCUUUGAACCCUGAAAGGAUUAAGAGUGGUAGUUUGUUGUAGUUCUAGUACUGAUAUAGAGGAAUUUAUAGUUUAAACUAUACACUUUCCAAGCAAACUGGUAUUCAUCUUUUACAUCUAUAAGUAUAUUUUAAGGUAGUAGGUUGGUAGACAGCAACCGCCCAGGGAGGUACUACCGUCCUGCCAAGUGAGUGUAAAACGAAGGCCUGCAAUUGUUUUACAUGAUGGUAGGAUUGCUGGUGUCCUUUUUUCUGUUUCAUAAACAUGCAAGAUUUAAGGUACGUCUUGCUACUUCUACUUACACUUAGGUCACACUACACAUACAUGUACAAGCAUAUAUAUAUACACAUCCCUCUGGGUUUUCUUCAAUUUUCUUUCUAGUUCUUGUUCUUGUUUAUUUCCUCUUAUCUCCAUGGGGAAGUGGAACAGAAUUCUUCUUCCGUAAGCCAUGCGUGCUGUAAGAGGCGACUAAAAUGCUGGGAGCAAGGGGCUAGUAACCCCUUCUCCCGUAUAAAUUACUAAAUUUAAAAAGAGAAACUUUCGUUUUUCUUUUUGGGCCACCCUGCCUUGGUGGGAUACGGCCGGUUUGUUGAAAAAAAAAAAUGUAUAUUUUACACUGGUGAAAUGCUCAUCUUAUUCCCAGUCAAAGAAAUGAUCCCUGUUCUUUCCUAUAUAUUGUACUAAUGUGCUCAACACUUCUUAGAAACUUGACAUCAUUUGACAAUUCAACCUGUUUAAUACUUUUUUUUUAACACCAAGCAUCUCCCACCGAGGUAGUGUGACCCAAAAAUGGAGAUACAUUUAGCCUCAUUCAUUCAACUGCUGUCUUGCCAGAAGCAUACUGAUAUCCCAGUUCAGAUACUCUUCCAAACUGCAAUGUCCUCUCCCAUCUUUAGAGUGCAGGCUAUUCUGGUAACCAGUUUUCCAGAAUCUAUGAAUGUUAUUUUGCUCACUAAGUCACAGAAACUAUUUGUCUCUACUUACUCUAGUCAAAUGUGCUCCUUUACCCCUGCCCUUCAUGCCUUCCUGAAAUGACCCCUACUUUUUCUUGCCUCCACUCCAGAUUUAUAUACCUUCUUAGUCAUCCUAUUUUGCCAUUUCCUCUAAAUGCCCAAACCACCUCAACCCCCUCCACAGCCCUCUAAACUAUACUUUUGAUAACCCCAGACAUCCUAAUCUCUAUACUUCAAAUUCUUUGCAAUACAUUCGCACAUCACCCUCAAACGCAGCAUCUCCUCUACCUCCAGUUGUGAGGUAAGACACACGUGCAACAGUUAGUAUCUUUAUUUCGAAACGUUUCGCCUACACAGUAGGCUUCUUUAGUCGAGUACAGAAAAGUUGAUAGAAGCAGAAGAGACGUGAAGAUGAUGUAAUCAGUCCAUCACCCUUGAAGUUUUGAGGUGAUCAGUCCCUCAGUCUGGAGAAGAGUAUUGUUCCAUAGUCUGAAACAAUAUGGAGUUGAAGUGACAGGAUGGAGCCUUAUAUACUGCCAGGAGGUGAGAUGAAGGCCACUAGUAGAGGUAAGACUGACCACCUCAAAACUUCAAGGGUGAUGGACUGAUUACAUCGUCUUCACGUCUCUUCUACUUCUAUUGACUUUUCUGUACUCGACUGAAGAAGCCUACUGUGUAGGCGAAACGUUUCGAAAUAAAGAUACCUAGCUGUUGCAUGUGUGUCUUACUUAACAACCUGUCAGUAUUUUAUACCAUUUUGAUGUUCACCUCCAGUUGUCUCCUCACUGCAACAUUUGAAACCCAUGCUUUACAUCCAUAUAACCAUGUUGAUGACAUCAUGCUCUGGUACAUUCCUCUUUUUGCCUCCAUAAAUAACAUUCUCUGUUUUUCCAGUUAGCUUGGCGCACCACCCACCUUUUCUUUGUUUGUUACCUUUGUUUUACUAUCUCAUUUACCUCCCUGGUGUAACUUUUUUCUUCUCCACAGUCUUCUUAUAUUGCAUUAAUUUUUUAUUCCUUAUAGAAGCAUUUCCCUACACUCUUGCACCUUCCCUUUUGAUAGCAUAAGCUUCAGUACACUGUUUAUUGCAUUGCUUGCAGAUUUGUAUAAAAAAUACUAUAGAAUGAGGUACAAAUAUUCAUUAUUUACCAAGAAUUACUUUUGUACCUUAUAAAUUUUUAUAUUACAGCUUGAUGUUGCACACAUCCAUUAAUUUUAUUAGCCUUAUUUUUAUUUAAUUUAAAAUUGAUGUACAUGGGUUACCAUCUUCAGUGUCAUUAUAGAGUAUAUGUUGCCAUUCACCAAAACAAUUUCUGCUAGCAGUCAUGCUGUCAGAAAUAUAUUUCAUUAAAAUAAUGCCACAUGUAGCUUCUGCCGCUGGCUAUGAUUAGCAAUUGGGGGUGUUGGAGAUUAGUGUGUUCAGCUAUUCCCAUAUUGAAUAAAUGAGAAAUAUUCUAAUCCAGUAGUACCUGAAAUAAGUAUUUAGACUGUUUACAUUCAGAGUCGAACUUUAUAUGAAAGGUCUUUCAUUCUGCAAGUUUCAUACAUAUUUUAAGCAUUAGUAUAUAGCCCUUCAGGUUUAUUGCUUUUCUAAUAGUAAUAAUUUAUAUAAUUUAAGUUAACUUUCACAGCUAUAACUGCUUAUUUAGGAAGCUGGGGAGCACUGUAUUCAUCAUAGUAAGAGGUGUCUUAAUCGUCUACAUGUCAUAUACUUAAGAGUUGAAAACACACUGAAGAUUUUAUGUCCGAAGCUAGAACUUUUAUUUUUAUCUUUAAUGUUGUUCCAUUGGUUAGUUACAUGGCAAACUUCCAAAAAGGAAGGAUACAAAUUUGAUCUAUUUUCGUGUGUAUGAGAAGAAUCUUAUUGUCACUGUGGCUGAAGUUUAGGAUUUAGUAUUCUACACAAAAUUUAAGGAAAUUUUAAGAAAAAGUUUAGAGAUUUGUAAACUAUAACUCAGCACUUGCUCUACAUGAAGAUGAAAUUAAGACACAUGUGCAACAUCUGG